GAAAGGUUGGAAAGUAAAUUAAAUCAGAGCCCAGAAAGGUGGCAGCUUUUGUGGGAAAGGGUCAAAAUGAAUCUAAAGGAUGACACAAGACAAGACAAUCUCCGGAGACAUCCUUCUGGCUCCUCAGGGAUGAUGUCAGCUAAUCUACAUUCCUAUCAAAAGAGAUCUUUGUUGGAAAUACCUGACGGUGGGCUGGGUGAGGAACAGAGUGCAAGCAUCUCUCCCUCAAAUGGAGUAGAUAGAAGAACAACUACGCUAUACAAUCAUUUCACAUCAAAGAAUGAUGAAAAUAGAUCUUUUGAAGGUACGCUAUACAAAAGAGGAGCAUUACUAAAAGGUUGGAAGCCUCGCUGGUUUGUGCUGGAUGUGACAAAACACCAGCUGCGAUACUAUGAUUCUGGAGAGGAUACAAGCUGUAAGGGACACAUAGACCUUGCAGAAGUAGAAACUGUGAUUCCUGCUUCUCCAACAAUUGGAGCUCCAAAACAUGCAAGUGAAAAAGCAUUUUUUGAUUUGAAGACAAAUAAACGUGUAUAUAAUUUUUGUGCCCAAGAUGCACAGAGCGCUCAACAAUGGAUGGAUAGGAUCCAGAGUUGCAUUUCAGAUGCUUAGAAAGGAAAAACGUUCCAUAACAAAGACAUGUUUAAAGCACCUCUUCCUCUAAGAAGCUAAGUUCUGAAAUGUUACUGACAGACAACCAGCCUUCCUUACAUUUCAGCUGUAAAAGUUCAUAUUAUGCUAAAGUUCCUUUUCUGUUUAAUGAUUAUAACCACUGUAACUGCUGGGUUUUUUUCUACAGGGAGAACUUUGAAAAAUAAUCAUCCAUUUAUCCUGAAUUUCCAGUUUCUUCAGUACAAUUCCUAGCUAUAAAAGUGGACUGUAUUUGCACUAUCAUCUAAUCCUGGUUUUCUCAUUUCAGAGCUGUUCUGUUAGGAAACAUGUCCAAAGGAAAUUGUAGAAAUUUCCCCUACAACAGGAAGUGUAUUUUCACUUUAUUUAUAUUUUUUAGCAGAAUAUUCAUAUUUCCAAGCUAGUCAUGAGUAAGAGAGAACAUAUCUACAAUUCCU